GAGAAAAUGAGCAGCCAUAAAAAUGGUGAAAUUUUAUCAAAGAAAGCUCAUGCAGUGGUAUUACCAUACCCAGCUCAAGGCCAUAUUAAGUGCAUGCUAAAGAUGGCUAAGCUCCUACACCACAAGGGCUUCCAUAUCACCUUUGUCAACACCGAGUUCAACCACCGCCGCUAUCUCAAGUCCCGAGGCCCCCGCGCCAUGGAUGGAAUCCCUGGUUUCCGGUUCGAGACCAUUCCUGAUGGACUCCCUUCUUCUAAUGAGGACGCCACUCAGGAUGUGCCCGCACUCUGCCAGGCCAUUCGUACGGUUCUCCUUCCUCCGUUCAUGGAUCUCCUUCGAAGGAUCAACCGAGACGGGUUGAGCCCUCCGGUAACGUGUAUACUCUCCGACGGGGUCAUGCCGUUCGGUAUUGAUGCCGCAGAACAACUAGGGAUCCCGGUUGUCACUUAUUAUACUUUUGGGGCUUGUGGGUUUUUAGGAUGGGAUCAAUAUCGUCCACUUAAGGAUAGGGGACUUACACCACUUAAAGAUGAGAGUGAGCUGACGGAGGAGUAUUUAAACACUAAAGUGGAUUGGCUACCUGGAUUUGACAACUUUCGUAUCCGGGACCUGCCCUCGUUCUUUCAAACAACCGAUCCGAACCACCCAAUCUUCCAUUUAGGCAUGGAAGCAGCCGAAGCAGUCCCUAGAGCUUCCGCGCUAGGCAUCGAAACCUACUACUCCCUCGAGCCUAAAAUUCUCAACCACCUCUCCUCCAAAUUCCCAAACGUUUUAUCCGUUGGCCCCCUCCAAUUACUCCUAAGCCGAAUCGAGUCCACUUCAAACUCGCGUUAUCUAGAUUCCAUCGGGUAUAACCUGUGGGCGGAGGCACCGGAAUGCUUAAAGUGGCUCGAUUCCAUGGGAGACAAAACAGUGGUAUAUGUCAACUUCGGUAGCAUCACUCCCGUGACUCCUCAACAAUUUAUUGAAUUCGCGUGGGGUUUGGCCAACAGCAAGCAGCAUUUCAUGUGGAUCAUCAGGCCAGAUAUGGUCAUGGGGGAAUCAUCUCUUCUUCCUCCGGAGUUCUUAGAGGAAACAAAAGGGAGGUCUCUGAUAGCGGGCUGGUGUGAUCAGGAUUUGGUUCUCAACCAUCCGGCAGUGGGAGGAUUCUUAACACACAGCGGGUGGAAUUCGACCAUUGAGAGCUUGUCGGCAGGUGUGCCAAUGAUUUGCUGGCCUUUCUUCGCCGAUCAACAGACGAAUUGUAGACAUGCUUGUGAGGAGUGGAAGGUGGCUCUACAGAUUGAUAAUGAUGUGAAGAGACUUGAAGUAGAGAAGCUUGUGAAUGAUUUAAUGGAGGGGGAGAAGGGGAAGGAGAUGCGAGGUAAUGCUUUGGUGUGGAAGAAGUUGGCAGAUGCGGCCACAACUGAAAAUGGAUCUUCAUCCGUUAAUCUCGACAAUCCCCGGGUUGAUUACACAUGUCGGACUGCAGUGGAUGACCAUGCAGUGGAUGACCAUGCAGACCAUCAACCAGCACUGGCUGAACUGAAUGAUUUUGAGGAUUCAGUGAUGUCAAAUCAAGAAAAUCCAUCCGAUCACGAAGAACAGAAUGAUCUCGAUGUUGCCGUUGUGCACAAUGAUGCUCCGUCACCACCUCUUCAACCGCAAUCUGUUGAGGAUGUACGUGAGGACAUUUUAGAUGAAUCAGUCCUUGUUGAACCGGAAGAUGUAGAGGCUGAACCGGAUGGGGCACACAAAGUGCAGACAACCACUGUUGAAGACGAUGAUCAGGUUGAAGUGAAGGAACAGGUUGAUGAACCAAAAUCUCCGCCUGAAAAUCCAAAUGAUCAGGGGGCAGGGAAGGAAAAUGGAAGGAAAAUUGACGUUCUGUACGAAGGUGCACCUGGUAAUAUUACCCGUCAAUUACUUCGUUCAAUGCAAAUGGGUCGCGAAAUUUCGAGCGAAGUGAUUGACGCUUGGUUAAUAUGGAGCAUGAUGCCACCUUAUUUUCCCAAUCCAUUGAAGAAGACAUGA